AUGGAUGCGAGCAAUAAUGUUGUUCGCUGCGCCAACAAUAGCUUCGGAAGAAAUGCAUCCAUCGCGGCCAGCUUUAGGAAUGACAUUCUUGAGGUUUUCUCAAGUUCGUCGCGAGUCCAUGAAGAAGAGGACGACGAUGAAGCCCUAAAAUGGGCAGCAUUGGAAAAGCUCCCCACUUUUGAUCGACUAAGAAAAGGCCUUUUGGUCGGAUCGGGAGGAGCCAUCCACGAGGUCAAUGUACAAGAUCUCGGGUUUUCGGAGAAAAAGCAGUUGCUCGAAAGGCUGGUUAAGGUUGUUGUAGAGGACAACGAGAAAUUUCUCCUAAGGCUCAAAGAUCGAGUCGACAGGGUUGGAUUAGAAUUACCGAAAAUAGAAGUUCGGUUCGAACAUUUAAAUGUUGACACGGAAGUUCAUGUUGGGAAAAGAGCCUUGCCAAGUUUCAAGAACUUCUUUAUUGGCAUCUUUGAGGGAAUUGCUACCUAUCUGCAUAUAAUUCCAAGUAGAAAGAAGCAUAUUUCUAUCCUUGAUGACGUCAGCGGAAUUGUGAAGCCUGGCAGAAUGACGCUUCUCUUAGGUCCUCCGAGUUCGGGGAAGACAACAUUGUUGUUAGCUUUGGCUGGGAAGCUCGAUCCUCAUUUAAAGUUUUCUGGCAGUGUGAGUUAUAAUGGGCAUAAUAUGAAGGAGUUUGUGUCCCGAAGAAGUGCAGCUUAUAUAAGCCAAAACGAUGUCCAUAUAAGUGAAAUGACCGUAAGAGAAACAUUGGAAUUCUCAGCAAGAUGUCAAGGAGUUGGGAACAACCUUCUAAUGCUUGAGGAGCUCUUGAGAAGGGAAAAGGCAGCGAAUGUAAUGCCCGAUCCUGAUAUCGACGUAUACAUGAAAAUUGCAGCUAUGGGCGGACAAGAUGCCAAUGUUGUCACAGACUAUAUCAUGAAGAUUUUAGGAUUGGAAGGUUGUGCUGACACCCUGAUCGGAGACCACAUGCUCCGGGGAAUCUCCGGCGGCCAGCGGAAACGCGUCACGACCGGAGAAAUGCUGGUCGGCCCGGCAAAGGCCUUCUUCAUGGACGAGAUAUCGACCGGUUUGGACAGCUCCACCACCUUCCAAGUUGUCAACUCCAUCAGACAAUUCGUCCACAUCCUCGACGGCACGGCCAUCAUUUCCCUCUUACAGCCCGAGCCCGAGACAUACAACCUAUUCGACGACAUCGUUUUGGUAUCCGAAGGGAAGGUUGUCUAUCAAGGCCCUCGCGAGAAUGUGCUCGAGUUCUUCGAAUCCAUGGGGUUCAAAUGUCCCGAUAGAAAAGGCAUCGCCGACUUCUUGCAAGAAAUUAUAUCGAAGAAAGAUCAGCAGCAAUAUUGGGCUGAUCAGGACAAGCCUUACCGGUUCAUCGCAGUCGGGGAAUUCGCUGAGUCGUUUAAAUCCUUCCACAUUGGACAAAAGCUAAUGUCCGAAUUGUCGAUCCCGUUCGACAAGAGUCGAAGCCAUCCGGCUGCUUUGGCAACGGGGAAGUACGGCGUAGGCAAAAUCGAGCUUCUAAAAGCUUGUUUCGCAAGAGAAAUUUUGCUGAUGAAGCGUAACUCCUUCGUAUAUAUUUUCAGGAUUUGUCGGCUUGCUUUCAUGGGAUUCGUCGCGAUGACUCUGUUCUUGCGGACGAGGUUUCAUCGCAACGUAAGAGAUGCGUAUGUAAUUAUCGGAGCUCUUUAUUACUCGGUGGGCACGAUCGCGUUUGGUGGUAUCGCGGACAUAGCCAUGACUAUGCAAAAGCUUCCCGUCUUCUACAAGCAGCGCGACUUUUUCUUUUAUCCGCCAUGGGCUUAUGGUCUUCCCUUGUGGCUAGUUAAGGUUCCGGCGCAAGCUAUUGAGGCCGCGGUCUAUGUGGUGAUUUCUUACUACGUAGUAGGAUACGAUCCAAACGUUGGGAGAUUGUUCAAGCAGUUCUUGGUGUUGUUUGUCUUGAACCAGACCAUGUCCUCGACGUUUCGAGUAAUUGCGGUAGUUGGUCGGAACAUGGUUCUGGCAAACACUUACGGCUUUUUCGUGUUGCUCUUGUUCUUGGGAAUGAGCGGUUAUGUUCUAGCAAGAGAUCGCGUAAAGAAGUGGUGGUUAUGGUCGUACUGGACUUCCCCGUUGAUGUAUGCGCAAAAUGCACUCGUCGUGACCGAGUUCACCGGGCACAAAUGGGGGCGGUUUGUCCCGGAGGCGAAUAUGUCGUUGGGCGUCAUGAUUUUGAAGUCGAAAAGCUACUUCUCGAGCGCGUAUUGGUAUUGGAUCGGUUUCGGGGCGUUGAUCGGUUUGUUGCUUCUGUACAACUUGUGUUUUGUACUCGCGCUAACAUAUCUCAACCCUUUGGGAAAGCCUCAGUCGAUAUUGAUGACGGAUAAUUCACCGAGCGACGAGAAUGCAAGCAAUGUUUUAGAUGCGCAAAGCGACGAGAAUGGAAGUCGACGAAUUGUGCUUCCGUUCCAACAACAUUGGAUCACGUUCGAUGAGAUUAAGUACUCAGUCGACAUGCCUCAAGCGAUGAAAGAAUGCGGUGCAACCGAGGAUCGAUUAGUUCUUUUAAAGGGCAUAAGCGGGGCGUUUAGGCCGGGCGUUUUGACUGCGCUAAUGGGAGUUAGCGGCGCGGGUAAAACGACGCUUAUGGAUGUUCUUGCAGGUCGAAAAACAGGUGGAUAUAUCGAAGGGGACAUCAUGAUAUCGGGAUAUCCGAAAAAGCAAGAAACUUUCGCUCGAAUAUCUGGCUACUGCGAGCAGAACGACAUUCAUUCGCCGUAUUUAACAGUGCACGAAUCGCUCGUCUUCUCAGCGUGGUUGCGCUUGCCACAAGAUGUCGAUGCUCAAAUUCGAAAGAUGUUUGUGGAGAAGGUGAUGGAGCUCGUCGAACUAACGCCGUUGAGGCGAGGAAUAGUCGGGUUUCCGGGAGUUAGUGGUUUGUCAGCCGAGCAACGAAAGAGGCUUACUAUCGCGGUCGAGUUGGUAGCGAAUCCGUCGAUAAUCUUUAUGGACGAGCCGACUUCAGGGCUCGAUGCUAGAGCUGCAGCCAUUGUGAUGAGAACGGUUAGAAACACCGUGGACACGGGAAGGACCGUAGUUUGUACCAUUCACCAACCGAGCAUCGACAUAUUUGAAUCUUUCGACGAGCUAUUGUUGAUGAAGCGCGGGGGGCAAGAGAUAUACGUCGGGCCAUUGGGGCGACAUUCUCGUGAUCUUAUUAACUACCUCGAGGGGGUCGAGGGAGUGCCGAAGAUCCAAGAUGCAUAUAAUCCGGCUACGUGGAUGCUCGAGGCAACAUCCUCGGCGCAAGAAACUAUCACGGGGAUCGAUUUUGCGGAGAUUUAUAAAAACUCGGAACUUUACAAGAGAAACAAAGCUUUGAUUCGCGAGUUGAGUCGACCUCGGCCGGGAUCGAGCGAUCUUCACUUCCCGACGCGAUACGCGCAACCUUUCCUCACUCAAUGCAAGGCUUGCCUAUGGAAGCAACAUUGGUCCUAUUGGCACAAUCCUCUUUAUAGCGCGAUAAAAAUCGUCUAUACAUUUUUGCUAUCCUUCGUAGUCGGUUCGAUGUUUUGGGAUCUCGGCUCGAAAAGGAACACGCAAAAAGAUAUUUUCAACGCCAUGGGAUCGAUGUACAUAUCCGUUUUUCUUCUCGGAAUGCAAGGUGGAUCGGCCGUGCAACCUUUGGUCGCCGUGGAGCGAGCGAUCUUUUAUAGAGAAAAGGCGGCCGGAAUGUACUCCGCCUUGCCUUUUGCUUUCGGGCAGGCAGUGGUUGAGAUACCGUACAUUUUUAUGCAAACUAUCAUAUACGGUACCCUUGUUUACGCUAUGAUUGGGUUCGAAUGGACGGCGAAGAAGUUCUUGUGGUACAUUUACUUCAUAUUCUUCACGAUGUUAUACUUUGCUUUCUACGGCAUGUUUGAUGUGGCUGUCACGCCGAACCAACAAGUUGCAAGUAUCAUAUCAAGUGCAUUAUACUCGAUAUGGAACCUUUUCUCCGGCUUCGUCAUUCCAAGGCCGAAAACACCGGUAUGGUGGAGAUGGUUCCAUUAUGUGUGUCCCGUAUCGUGGACCUUAUACGGUUUGGCCGCGUCCCAAUUCGGCGAUCUGCAAGAUAAAUUCGAGCUCGAGCUCGGGCUCGAAAGCGCUGAACAAACAGUUGCAGAUUUUGUGAGAAGUAACUUUGGGUUCAGACACGAGUUUCUUGGUGUUGUAAUGUUUAUAGUUCUCUUAUUUGGACUUGCUUUCGCCAUCUCGUUUGCUCUAUCCAUUAAGGCAUUUAAUUUUCAAAAGCGAUGA